CUUGUGAAAUAUUAAGACAGAAACAGCAGACUGCCAAAGACAGAGGACAAGAGAUGUCUCUAAUUCUAAGUCCACUCCUGUCGACUCGUGAGAACGGCCUUCUCUUCAGUUUAUUAAGUCAGGACUGUAAUGUAUUAGCAUGCAGUGUUGUUCAGCUGGUAAUUGCAGCCCCUCCACAGGAUAAAGAGUGGAAAAGUCAUAAUUUUGGAGUUGUGUGUCUGGUGCAGGAUAAAACCAAACAUUCAACAUUCUUAAGACUAUACUGUCUUAAGAAAGCCAAGCUGCUGUGGGAACAAGAGCUUUAUACACCAUUUGAGUACUCAGAGGCCUGUCCUUAUUUCCACACUUUCUCUGGGGAUGAGUGUCAGGCAGGGCUGAACUUUGCCGAUGAGGAGGAGGCCAGGCAGUUUUACUUGGCUGUGCAGAAGCAGAUCAUUGACAACAAAGCAGCUCACUCGAUGCUUACUCGCAGUUACAGUGUGGGCUCAGUUGCUGAAUGGAAAGAGAAGCUUGAAAACUGUCUUAGUGACUCUAAAGUUUUUAAGAGGCAGCCUUCUCCCGUCAGGGGAUCUGGACGUUCACACAAUGUUGAUUCACCAGCAACACAUCCAGAGAGCAAUCCUGCAGUUUCUUGUACAAUGUCCAGUCAGAUCUAUGGCUCACCACAGGCUCAUUUCAGUACUGAAGUAGAUUCUAUCCUCUCACUUGCUAAGAGGAAGGGGCCCCUCCCACCUCUGCCUCCUCAUGCAAGAGCAGGCAUGAAGUUACAACAGAGUGGAAGCGUGCAAACCUCUGACUCCCCUAUUCACAUGUUAUCAUGGGCACCACCUCCUCCAGCUUACACUGCACCCAGUGUCCCAUUGAGCUCAGCUGUAUUGAAGAAAAGUGCCAGCUUUGCGCCUGUUAAAGAUUCCCCUUUGACUGCUGUAAAACGCUUUCAAAGUUUUCAUGUUAACGCUGACAUGCAGGGUGAAUCUGGUUAUGGAAAUCAGUAAAAAUCACUUUCCUCUUCAUCUCAGUGGCACAACAACAGACGAGUUUGGUCAAGAAACCUCACAAGCAACCUAAAAAUAUAUAAUUUUCCUAACUUUUCACUUCACAUGGAUUGUCUGCAGCACUUGAAGUUUUUUUUUUGUCUUUGUAUUAUUGACUAGUAACAUAUUUAUACCCUAUGCUUAUUUUGAUGAAAUACAGCAUGUCUAAACAAAAAACUAGAAAGACAAGCUGUAAAUAUUAUCAGUUAAAUAAUGAUAUUUUGAUUUGAUUUUAAAACGGCUUCUUUAAAUAGUUUACCAGUGCAAAUCGAUGCAUUUUUG